AAAACUUUGUACCGGAAACGCCUCCAUUUUAUAACUUAUAAGUAUUCCGUAUUUUGUUUCCAAAUAUUGAAAAUCAACUAAUUAUCACUAUUUGAGUAUUUACAAACGAUAUUCAAUCAUAAAUAAUAUAUAUUUUAUAGCUUUUAUGAGAAAUUUAUUUGAGACAUAGAUAUAAUAGCAUAAAAGAAGUUGUGAAAACGAUAUAUACACUGCUCCUUUAAAAUUAAAAUUUACCAAAUCCCUUUCCCAAAACAGCACUGAUAUCUUCAAUUAGGUAAAGCGAUUGCAGGGAGACCACAUAGGCAGAUGGCAGCACGGGCACUGAACAGGAAAACACUUAAUUUGAUAUGCAGCCGCCACCGUAUGGUUGCGUAUCUGCCAAACUUCCGUGCAGCCGUGAGACAUCUGCGAGCCUUUUCCUCAUAUGAUGAGAAUCAACCCAACGUUCAGUACUAUGAUGCUAAUGGGAAACCUAUAGAAGGUACGAUAUGGCCUGACAAACAUUUGGGACCAUUCGGUCCCAGUGACAAAAGGUUCCCAAUGCCUGGCCUAGUUGGGACGACAGUCACUGAAAAGACUGAAUCGUCUAUCAAGGCCAAGGACCCUGAUACAGUUCACACUAUAUUGCCCGACAACCACAAGAACCAGACUGUGCAGGACUUCUUGGACAUGGCUGAGGAGGUUGCUGAAGAAGGAUUUAUUAGUGAACCCCAGCCAUCAGCCUUAGACACUUUGGAGUGUGUGGCCCAAGACUGUCCUGAUCUUAUCAAGAAAGAUUUUAUGGAUCUGUUCCCGGGGCAAGACGUUUGCAGUGGCCCAUUCACUGUUAUUACCAUCAGCCAGAAGACCAAGAAUGAUAUGACCUCUUGGAGUGAGGAUGUGGAGGAGGAAAGAGAAUCACUCCUGGAAAAUUUCAUCAUUGGUGCCAAGGAGAUCUGUGAAUCUCUCCAGGCUGCUGGCUAUUGGGCAGACUUUGUAGACCCUUCCUCUGGCAGACCUUACCUUGGGCCAUACACGAAUGCCACAUUGUAUGAGACAGAUGAAAGAUACAGACAUUUUGGAUUUAAAAUCAACGACCUAGGUUGUUGCAAAGUGAUAAGUCACCACCUAUGGGGGGUUCACUCUUAUAUAGGAUGUCUCUUCACAAAUGCUCCCUAUGAUCACCCAAUACUGGACAGUAUGAAAGAUUUCUCUGAUGAUGAAACUGUUUAAAGAGCUUUGUUUAUUUGGAACAUAUGGACAUCAAAUUCAGAUUUUAGAUAUUUUUUGAGAUUUAGUUUGAUAUAAAAGUACAUUGAUGACCUGAUGCAUGUAUAUAUUGCAUUUGAAAAUGCUUAUGGUUUUGCCAUUAAUAGUAUUUAUUCAAACUAGAACAUGCUGCAUUUAAUAUUUUUAUGAUAACUAAAAAUCUGAGUUUGAUGUGUGAAAUGUUCAGUCUAUGAUGAUUAUAUAUUUUUAUGUUCUAACAGCAAUUUUAGUAGUGCUCUCAACCGCAACUGACAUUUAAUGAACUGCCAACAUUUUGCUAAGGGUAAAUGUAAUGUCUAUUUUCUUUGGAUAGUUGUCAUUAGACUGCUACAAGAAUUGUAAUUUAAUACAAUGUAUAUUUGUGUUGUUAAGUACAUUAUCUUGAUUAAGAGGAGAGUUACAUAUAAAUAAACCUAUGUAAAAUCAUUAUUCAUAAAAUGUGGUGUUCUAAACUUUCGAUGAAAUGACCUUGAUCUUAAUUUGAUUUAGGACUGUGUUUUCAAAUCUAAAUCCCUUUAAUUGGCAGUCAUUAUCAACUCAUUUAAAUUCAUAAGAAGCCAU